UACACGUUGUCAAGAACAAUGGCACCUUUUAAUGCAAUAUUUAAUAACCAAGGUUCUUAGUUUAAUUACCUACUUACCCUUUUCUUCACUUCUCUACAGUUUUAUGGAUAAACUCAUAAACAUUGUAUACUAUUUCCAUGAACAUUCUUAAAUAAGCUCAAGAGUCUGGUUUUCUUAGGGUUAGGAUUCUCUCAUUUGUAAAGAUCUGAACUUUACUUAAUCUUCAGGAAUGCAGCUCAAGUGAAGUACUGCAUUGAUUCUAUUUCUUCACGUUUGGUGUCUAAUAGGAGAAAUCUCAGGUUCCCACUUCAUGCUUAGGAUAAAUCUUAGGUUCUUUCUGCUGAGGUUUAUGUUUUGUACUUGAAAUCUGGUUUUGUUAGUGGAGCAUUUUUGAAAAUGACUGAUGGAAGGCGACAUUCGGUUGAUCUUCCUUUGUCAAGAACUUUAGUUGCACUAAGGAGAGUUAAGUCAUUAAGAGACCCUUCAACUAACUAUGCAACAAAAAAUUCUGGUUUUGUUGAUAAUCUUACUUGGGAGCCUGAUUAUGGUAAUGGGUUUUCCCUCGCAUUGCGAAACGAUAUCCAAAAUAGUGAUUUAAGUAACCAUAGUACUAUCCGGUGCCAUAAUUUUGGUUUAAAGGAAACGAAAGAGGACAUUCAAAGUGAUCCUGAAUUAGAUGAUAGUCCUAGAAAAACUGAUUUUGAAUUUAACAAGUCGACUAGGUUUGAGAAGAGACGUCCGGAUGCUGCGCCAUGUGAAGAAUUCGGGUUUACAACAGCAAAUGGAGGUUUUGCUUAUGGAAACAAAACAAUUGACCGUAGAUGUGAUAGUACUGCUAAUAGAGCACUGGAUUUGGUUUGUGUACAGCCUAGCGACACCAAUUUGGAGGAUGUGGAUUCUUACAGUGAACCAACUUUAGGAUCUUCGCAAUUGGAGAGACGUGACUGCAAUGCAAUAAAGAGGAAACCUGGACACAAUAAACAACUUAAAGCAUCCAGAGCUGCCUUAGAGUUUGAUAGUAAUGUUAGUAGUCCAUUCCCAUCUGUAAGCGAUAUUCGGAUGUACGAGUCUACUCGAAGCCCGUCAUUGUUUGCUAAUGAUGAGUUGGAUAAUGAGGGUCUUGAUCACUGCGGAAUCAGUUGUUGUUGGUCUAGAACCCCAAGAUUCAGGCAAUCUGAUCUUCCUUCCGAUGUAGAAGACCACCCCUUGUUAUCAGGGGAAAUUAGUAUAUCUGAGCAGGAAACAAACUACGCAUAUGGUACAAGAGAAGCUUUUCCACAUUCAGAGAGCCCAAGAAGUCUCAGUCAGAAAUUCAGGCCGAAAACCUUCAGUGAUUUGGUGGGACAGCAUGUUGUGGCAAGGUCACUCUUAAAUGCUGUGUCUAGAAGAAGAAUCACUUCCUUUUAUCUCUUCCACGGUCCUCGUGGUACAGGUAAGACUUCCACAUCUAGAAUCUUUGCAGCUGCUUUAAAUUGCCUUUCUCUUGAUGAACACGGACCAUGCGGGUUGUGCCGAGAAUGUAUGUUGUUCUUCUCUGGAAGGAGUAGAGACGUCAAGGAAUUGGAUCCCUCAAAAAUCAAUCGAACGGGUAAAAUUAGUUCUCUACUUAAGAGUGCAGCUCGCCCUCCAGUUUCCUCACGAUAUAAGGUCUUCAUUAUAGAUGAGUGUCAGUUGUUUCAAGCGGAAACAUGGGCAACUUUUCUGAGCAACCUCGAUUCGCUUCCUCGAUAUUCUGUGUUUAUCAUGAUUACUGCUGACCUGGAUAACCUGCCACGAAGCACUGUGUCACGGUGCCAAAGAUACCACUUCUCGAAGAUAACAGAUGUUGAUAUAGUGCACAGGUUGACGAGAAUAUGUAACGAAGAAAGUAUGGAUUAUGAUGCUCCCGCAUUGGAUUUCAUUGCUGCUAAAUCUAGUGGGUCACUUCGUGACGCCGAGAUGAUGCUUGAUCAACUGAGUUUACUUGGAAAAAGAAUCACGGUUUCAUCAGCACAUGAACUUAUUGGAGUCGUUUCGGAUGAUGAGUUGCUUGAAUUGCUGGAUCUAGCAUUGUCCUCAGACACGUCAAAUACAGUUAGAAGGGCUAGAGAUCUUAUGAAAUCGCGGCUUGAUCCUAUGCAGCUAAUAUCACAGCUCGCUAAUAUCAUUAUGGACAUUCUCGCUGGAAGAUGUCAAAUAGGGAAUUCCGAAGCUGGAAGGAACUUCUGUGGAAGACAUACUUCUGAAGGAGAUUUACAGAAGCUGAGGCAUGCACUAAAGAUCCUCUCGGAUACUGAGAAACAGUUGAGGACAUCAAAGAAUCAAACUACCUGGCUUACAGUAGCACUUUUACAAUUAAGUUCUGUAGAUUCCUCUUCCGUGGAAGGAGAUGAUUCGAGAUCAUGUCUGGCAGCAACACAACGUAGAGAUGAUGGCAUUUGUAGUACAUGUUUAACUGAGGAGAGUCAGAAGCACCACCUUUCACGUUUUUGUCAUGAUAACAAGUCCCAAAAUUUAGAGAUGCACACAGAUAGUAAUAGGAAAUUGGAAAUCAUUUGGAGAAAAGCCUUAGAAAAAUGCCAAUCCAGUACACUCAGGAGCUUCUUACAGAAAGAAGGGAGGGUAUCAUCUAUAUGUGUUAACCAAGGUGUUGCGGUAGCAGAGGUUGAAUUUACUCGUCCUAAUCACGUAUCCAAAGCAGAGAAGUCGUGGAAACUUAUUGCAAAUUCACUUCAACUUGUACUGGGUUGUAAUGUUGAGAUUCGGACCAACCUUAGGCCAUUUUCUUCUGCUGUGAAGAAUGGCAAAGGGAAUAAGCCGUCCUUCCGUUUCUUGGGUUGUUCACGGAGAAUGAAAUCAACCACCGAGGAUUAUACUGACCAGUCAGACAGUUCAGAUGUCAGUUCUGGAACAGCCCAACGAAGGGGAAAAGCUAUUAAAACUUACUCUUCUGAUCCUGGACCCCAGUUCUCACCUACUUCUUCCCAUUAUAAAGAAGGAGCUACUACCAUUAGAAAUAGCUUUGGAAACGCUCUAAGCACCGGUACAUCCAUGUCUGUUAGAUCAAACCAAGAUGAUCAACAACUACGACCUCAGGUUGUUAGAGCUGAUUCAUCCAAGGAAGAGGAUGUACACUUAGAAUGCCAGGCUUGUCCUGGUCAAGAACCCGAGAAUCAACCAAGCUGCUUCUCAAAGACAUUAAGACUUCAAAGAAAGCUACGUUCAUCCGAUGGUUCUCGUACAACCUGUUUGCGGAUCCAGCCGCAUAACAAACUCGAGAUUCCUCGGAACUCACCUUCCGAAACAUCUUUCUGUCCAAGUGACCAUUACAUUUUCUGUUCCAGUUCUAACACAUUCACUUCUGGAGAAGAGGCUGGACUAGAGAAGGAAUUUGGAAAAGACUCCAAGGUGCACUGUUGGAGAGCUCCGAGAAUCUUUCUCAGAAAGACUUCUCAACUGAGGCCACAGCAUCAAAGAUCUCAAUUGGUGGAAUGGCUUCUUCCAUGUGCAACUGCCAAAUAGUGUCCCGAGAAGACCCAGGAACCCCCUCGUAUUUGGGGCACACGAACUGGGAGCCAUCGACAGGAAUUGGUAUGUGGGAAAUCCGGAAUUUGUUAUGCCGGGUAAGGGAAGGGCCCCUGCCCUAGUUACGUGUAUCAUCAUUGUAUUACAUUUACUGAUUUACAUAUAUUUAAAACAUUAUUUAAUAAUAAUUUUCUAG